AUGAACAUUGGUACAAAGGCCAAUGUAACUGAAGCAAGGGCUUAUCUAACCAACGAGAGGAAGUACAAAGGGAAGCAUCCAAACUUGAAGUGCCAACACUGUAACUACCCUGGUCAUGUUAAGGAGACAUGUUGGAUCUUGCACCCAGAAUUAAAACCUGAUUUCAUGAAAGAAAACAAGGGCUCACAGAGGCUGAAUCGUACUACACAUAGAGCCAACCAUGCAUCUGUCUCCAUCUUCAAUGGAUCUGAUACACUCAAGAACUUCACAGCAAAUCCAACUGCACUUAUAAAUGAGUUUGCAUCGUAUCUUCAAAGCAAAAAUGGAGGGGCUGGAAGUAACCAUACAACCAGUAUUGAAGAUGGAAACUCGUCAGCGUUGCUUGGCAAGUUUGCUGGUUUUCUGGCAGACACUGAACACAUACCUCAACAAGACAUGCAAGGUAUCAUGAAUGCUUUCAAAACUGCUCUUAAUGUAAAUAUGUUGCAUGAUUUUUGGGUCGUAGAUUCGAGUGCCACAGAUCACAUGACCAACCAUGUGUCUAAGUUUCAUAAGUUUGAAAAAUUAUCAAAACCUUCUCAAGUUUCAAUUGCAAAUGGAUUGUGUCACCAAGAAGACGAUUGGUGA